ACCGCCGCAGCCUGUUCCUCACGUCUUUCACCUCCACUCAUACCUCAAUGUUGCACUGCGAUGAACUCUUUCAAACGCAGUGCUCCAGAGUUUACAGAUACGCGACCCAGCAAGCGGCAGGCCACAUCUUCACCGGAAGAGGGUGAACUCGAUGAUACUACGCCUCCUCCUGCCCCGAGGUCACCAACGCCGGUUAAAUCAUCGGCCAAACCUGGAGCAAAGGUUCCUUUUCCUUUCAAAAAGAAAGGGAACGUCCAAGAAGCUCCACAGGAGCCUUCCGCAUCAAGGGUGAAUGCCCCUCCCGGAGUAUAUGUACGGUCUGCGGAGGACGAACGUAGGUUUAGGGAGGAGCAAGAUUGGAGAACCUCACAGUCACGUCCUUCCCGGCAUGAUUCUCAGCAUCCAAGUGAUGCUUGGAGUCGUCAUGAUAGUUGGAGGCCACGCGGAGACCGAUAUUAUCAAGAUUCAUUGAACGACCAAGACCGACGUUAUCCACCUCGAACUGAGCAAGACAGGUGGGAUUCACGGGAUUCACCUCGGUAUUCAUACAACAAGAGAUAUGCUUCUCGCUCUCCCUCAUCACCUCGUUCACGUUCACCUGCUUCGCCUGCCAGUUCCAGCAAGGAGAAACACCGAUUACCGCCACCACGUUCCCCCAUAUCUGACAGUUAUUCUAAAGAUUAUUACGACGACCGUGAAGAUGGCCGCAAGCGUAGUCGGGACGGCAAAAGACGUUCGCGACCAUCAUGGGAAGCCGACACCUACCUCGGUGGCGACCGUUACGCUGCAGCAGAUACCUACAUUGCAAGGGACACAUAUGUGGCUGCAGAUUCAUAUGUACCGAGUGAUGACUACAGUAGAGAUCGUUGGAGUCGGGAACGCGAGCGUGAGCGAAGGUAUGAUGAAGACGAUGACCGAGGAUACCGGCGGUCUGUAGAUCGCGACGCGUACCAACCCAUUUCUCCACGACAUGCACGAUCGCCACAACGCCCACUCUCACCGCAAUCUAUCGGUUCACUUCCGAAGGCGAAGAGAUCUACUGGCCCACGUACGCCUCCUUUACCACCGCAGCCAGAUGCGCCUCCACCCCCUACGCCACCUGGUGGUGACGUUAGGAGCAUUCUUCCUGAUAGACACCAAGCUGUGCGCAUACCAUUGCCGAAGAAACCACCUACACCAGUGCACUUUUCACCUCCUAAUCGCCCCCUUCCUGGAGAAGAGAGACCGUCUGCCCCGAAACCGAAACCUGAGCCUCACCGAACCAAAGAGUCUCUUCACACAAGGGUUCUUGUGCAACGGCCGCGGCGAAAGCCGGUACAAAGAACUCGGGAAGAGGAGCAAAAAUUGUACGGACGUAUCUUCGAAGGUUGCGGUUGUCAGGAGGACUAUGAUGUGAUCACCAAGUUGGGCGAGGGAACAUUCGGAGAGGUGCACAAGGCAAUACACGUCAAGAAGCAUCAUGCCGUCGCCCUCAAACGUAUUCUCAUGCACAACGAGAAGGAGGGCAUGCCUGUGACCGCUCUGCGUGAGAUCAAGAUUCUCAAGGCCCUUCACCACCCUUGUAUAGUCGACAUCUUGGAUAUGUUUGUUGUUCGAAGUAAGGGGAAGGAGUCACCAUUGUCUGUUUACAUGGUGUUUCCCUAUAUGGACCAUGACCUCGCUGGUUUGCUUGAGAACGAGCGCGUCAAGCUCUCUCCAAGUCAGAUCAAGUUAUACAUGAAGCAACUAUUAGAGGGUACCGAAUACAUGCAUAGAAACCAUAUUCUACAUCGUGACAUGAAAGCAGCCAACUUGCUCAUCUCAAAUACUGGUUCUUUGAAGAUUGCCGAUUUCGGUCUCGCACGAGCCUUCGACCCCAACAUCAUAAAAGGCGGAGUUGGGCGUGACGGUAAAGAACGCAAGUACACUAAUUGUGUCGUUACACGUUGGUAUCGUCCUCCCGAGCUUCUUUUGGGUGCACGACAGUACGGUGGUGAAGUGGACAUGUGGGGAAUAGGGUGUGUCUUUGGGGAGAUGUUCUGGCGGCGACCGAUUCUGCCUGGCACGUCAGAUCUUGAUCAACUUGACAAGAUCUGGCAGCUUUGCGGUACCCCAACUGAAUAUACAUGGCCAGGUUAUGAGGCUCUUCCGGGUUGCGAAGGCGUCAAGAGGUUCAAUAUGUACCCUCGCAGGCUCAAGCAAACCUACGAAACAAUUGGUUCAGAGACCUGUGACCUGUUAGACAAGCUCUUGACAUGCAAUCCUCGGGAACGCUUGACGGCAUCCCAGGCAUUGGAUCACGAUUACUUCUGGACGGACCCAUUACCUGCCGAUCCUAAAAUGUGGGCCUCGUUUCUUUUAUUCGUUGACUUUUGUGACACGACAGUUGCUCAUAACUCUCUUUCAUGGCAUCUUAUCUUUUCUGGCGACUUCUCUGUUCGACUGUACGUACUCUCUUUGACCUUGAUUCUCGCUCUCGCUCUCUAGGCUACCGACGUAUGAAGCCUCUCAUGAGUUCGACAAGCGUGGUCGUCGCAACCAGCCUGCUGGACCUCCUGUACCCCCUGCUCAUGUGGAUAGCGCUCCACGAUUUCUCCCUGUACCCACUCAACCUCCGACCUUACAUUACGGAAGACCACCUCCACCUCGCGAAGCAUUCCGCUCUGGUCCCCCGCCAAGCUCUUUCUCUAGUUCUUUUCCACCUCGUCCACCAUUUGUUCAUAGUCAUGGACAUGGACAUGGUCUUCCUCCGCCACCCUCCAUACCUCAACAUUUGCCUCCUCUGGUUUUGAGACCUGGUCAACCUCCACCUAUGAUCUGGUCACAGCCACCUUCCAUGGGAAUGGAUCGACCAUUACAUCUUCCCCCUCGCCCCCAGCCCAUAGCACCCACGACCAAUGGCCGAGGUGCCCAUUAUCGGGACCGUACUGAGAGUCGUGACAGGGGUAGUGGCGGACUGAAUUACGGGUAGAAUGAAUCUGUAGGUUAUUCAUAUUGGUUACAUUACGCUUGGUUGCCACAGUACUACUACCCGUACCCUGUAGCUAGCUGGAUAAUAUGCCACGGUGUUUCUCGAGACUAACUCAGUUUUGGGCCAACUCAACUUUAAUCCUCCGGCCGGGCGCUUUACCACGAUUUCUGAAUUCGAUCGCGAUCGAGGAGACCGUGUUUCGUAUAUCCCCCCAAUUCAGACAUUCAUCGACAAUUGAGCUGGAGACGAACUGUUGAUAAGUGGCUACGUUUUCCAGGAUUUUCCCUCCACAUGGAUCCGCUGUGUCAUAUCUAUGCUUACGUCCGCGCUGCUUUCAAUAAUUUUUCCUAGUCAUGUUCCUUCCGUGUUUGUUCUGGACGAGUCGAUAAAAGCAUUGAUGACACC